AAAGUUUCCAGUUCCAGAUAUUACCUCUCCGAAAGGGGAAAGAGCAUUAUUCAUCAUUUUAAAAUUAUCUUAGAACUCUCUCUCAGCGAUCUAUGCCUGCCUGAAGAGGAAGUUGAUAACAAGAAGCCAUUGUCUGAGCCUAACAGUACUAAAAUUUUGUUGAGAUAUGGAAGAAGUUGAGGUGAGCAAGAAGAGGAAGUUUCAGACAGAUCAAUCGGAGUUAUCGUUAUUACCUUUGUCCAAACAUGCUUGUUUUGACAAUGCCGCUUGUUCCGACAAUACCAAUGGCAGAUCAGAGCUUGAUUCAGAGUGUUCGGUGUCAUGUCUGAAGUCACCUUCCAUGGAAUAUUGUGAAAAUGAGAUUGAGAUGAAAGAGGAAUCAUCUGGAUCUUGCAGUGAAGACAAGAUUAUCUCAUUUGAAAGCCAUCUUGAUUUCAUCUAUGGCACCCAAAACCUAGAGGAUUUUUUAGACAAAGACAUUGAAAACAUUCUCUACCUUGAUGAUGAUGAAGAAGAAGAAGACGAAGCUAAUGGGUGUAGUAAUGCUGCUAAGUAUGUUCUGUCUUCUGGGAGAUGGACUGUUGACCAAGAUUCUCCUCAGCAUGUCAUAAAGAAACCUACGAUUGAUCAAGAGUUCGAGCAAUACUUCUCAACGCUGAUGCUGUGACGAAUUGAUGUUAGUCUCAAAAAACAUAUAUGGAGAUGUAUAUAGAAAACUGUAUUGUUUAUGUUGUCUCUUAUGGUUUUUGAUUCUUGUGAACAAUGAAAACCUUCAUCUCAAAUUAAUUAGAGACGUUUUU